CAGGAACAACAGACACUGGUGAAACCCCUGAAUCCCAGUAGGCCCAGUAUGAACCCAUCUUCAUGAUCAGCUCCUAGGAAGGAGGCGUUGUCUCUGAAAUCAGCCAAAGACCUGAACUGUGACGUUCAGGAAGUAGCAGAUAAAAAAGCUUAAAGUAGGAAGUGUUCAGAGUUUGGAGCCGCAUCCUGAUCACAUCAAGAGACGAAGCUUCAGUCCACAUCCAGAGGAAACAUGGACCAAACAGCUCUGAUGCUGCUUCUGUGUCUCUGCAGCUCAGCGCUGUCUGAUGAACUCAGACUGGUAGCAGGAAGGAGUCGCUGUGGUGGCAGACUGGAGAAGAAGAAUCUGGGAGACUGGGAACCAGUGAAAGAAUGGAACUGGAACUUUACAUCAGCAGCUGGAGCUUGCAGACAGCUCCACUGUGGAUCUGUGGUGUCGUCACGAAGAGAUAAAGACGACAAUGUAGAGAUCAUCUGUUCAGACUCAGUCAGGCUGGUUCAAGGGACCAACCGGUGCUCAGGCAGACUGGAGGUGAAGACCAACCAGUCGUGGUCCUCAGUGUGUGAAAAAGACUUUGACCUGCAGGAUGCAGAGGUGGUCUGCAGGGAGAUUGGCUGUGGGCCUCCUUCAGUCCACCAGGGGGCGCUCUAUGGAGAAGCAGAGGCUCCAGUGGGGAGCAGAGAGUUCCUGUGUGAAGGCAGUGAGUCUGCUCUGCUGAACUGCAGCAGCAGGAAGAGUUCAGGUAGAAACAGCUGCUCACCUGGUCAAGCUGUUGGACUCACCUGUUCAGAUCAAGACGACAUCAGGUUGGUGGGAGAGGCCAGCCGAUGUGCCGGGAGACUGGAGAUGAUAUAUCAAGAAGAGUGGAGACCAGUGGAUGUUUGGGAUAGUUACUGGACCAUGAACUCAGCUGCUGCAGUUUGUGCUGAACUGGACUGUGGUUCUGCUGUUUCAGCAAGAAAUUCAGAGGAAGCUUCAGAGAGACCAGUUUGGUUUAUCUUUCCUGACUGUUUGCAGUCAGGAUCUGCAUUAAAGAACUGUUUACCUUGUGACGCUACUAGUGAUCAGAGCCAUCAGCUCAUCUGCUCAGGUCUGCUGGUUGAGCCGCUCAUCUUCCUCUCUUCCUCCACUGACGGGGUCUCCACAGGCAGAAAGCAGGGGUCUGAGCUCCUCAUUGGCUCACAUUUCAGCAUCAUCUGCUCCAUCAGACCUCAGUAUGAUGGCGGCUCCUUCCAGCUCAUCUUCAGCACCUCUAACUACACUCAGAACCAGACCCUGCCAGCUGUUAAUCACUCCGCCCUCUUCCUGUUCUCUGCUGCUGGCCACGCCCACCAAGGAACCUACCGCUGCGUUUACCACGUCUACGUUUUCUCCUAUAACUUCUCCUCUAUCAGCCAGCCUCUCAACCUCACUGUCUCAGGUAAACUCAUGGAGUCAAUCAGGAAAAGUUCUGCUUCAGUUUCAGCCUUUCUCACUGCUUUGAUCAUCAGACUGGUUGUCGUCCUGCUGGGUAUGCUGGGACCAGUCCUGGUCCUCUACUUUAAGGCCAGGAGAAACCAGAAGUCUGGACCAGAAAACAACCAUCAUGAUGAAGGAUCCAGAGCUGAAGGCAGCUUAGAGGAGGAGACUGCAGUCUGAAGGAACCAGGAGAAAAUGAUCUUCAUUUCACAUCCGCUGGAAGGAGCAGAGACAUGUUUCAGACUCCUGGAAAUCUAUCCGUCUAUGUAUCUAUGAUAAAAUGUCUCUGUGCUCCUGCAGCAGGAAGGAAGUUCAACAUUCAGAAAUUUGUAUCUGGACUAAACCUACUUAAGUUAAACUUAUAUAAGAAGGGAACACAAAAGAAAACAUUCAACAAACAAAAUAUAACAGAAAACCCACUUCAUCAAAAUCUGAUCUUCAUCAACCUUGCAAGGAUAGCAUAUGAUAGGAUAUUUGGGGUCAAAGGUCAGGUAGCCAAUUCCAUUCAGGCCCUGAACCCAGCUUGUGUCCUUGUCUUAGUUGAAUUGUGUGACAAAUGUAAUAUAGUUGAUCCUGGCUUGUAAUACUUUGUCCUGCCUGUAGGUGGUGUAUGUCAUCACUGCCAUGAUAACCCAUCCAAUACAUCCAGAUCCCACAAGUCUGAACCAGAUGUGAUCUGCGCCAUCUUAGUAGGGAAGUGCAUGCACAAUGCAUAGUGGACACAUGGCUCCGAGACCAACACAAAGAAAACAUGCCGACCCUCUUGACCAAUGUGUGAGAGAGAGAUACAUGAACAAAAUGGCUGCCGUCGAGAUCGGCCCGUAUGAGACGGAGAAGGAAAAUUUAUCAGAUGAUGUGGACAAACUGCCUCUGAUCUCCUACUACGAUAAAGUUAACUAUGUAGUCAACACAAAGAGUGCAUACGCCGUAAACAAGCUUCACUGCCUGAAAUUCAUGGACGCAUAUAAUUAGUAUUUCAACAGCUUUUUAAAGGAGAGAAAAUCUCUCUGUGUGAAUAAUGAGGUUCUGGUGACUGGCAGACCAA